CGAGCUGCGAGAGCGUCACGUCUCUGUGUUGGUCACAACGCAGCACAUGUGCUCGGCCAGGCCGAACCCCGAAUCUCGCGAAAAACUGAAAGCAGAGUGCCGUGUAAACAUUAUGAAACGUGUCCCGGGCGCCCGGCGCUUGUGUGCAAGAGUUUGUCGUGUGUGAGCCCUUUGCAGCGGACGACACGACGGCGCUGAAAAGUGUUAUCGGGAAUAUGUUUGCGAGACGUGCACGGGCACGCAGCGCAGUGUGUUCAAGCCGUGCAAAAGGCCAAGGCACAAAGUGGCCCGGUGCAUGAGUGGUUCGCCGAAGCCGCAUCUGGAUGUCAUGUUGUUGAGGGCCUCCGUCGUGUGCUUUACUGUGUCGUGUCGCGAUAGUGCCGAGUUCAAGUGAGCGAACAGAACCUCACCAGCCCAGCUCGGCUGGCCCGUCCAUGCUGCAGGGUGGCCAGUGUUAAGCCUCGAGGCUCGAACCAUAUUGUGUCGCCCACCCCGCGGUCCCCCGCGCGCCAGGUCCUGGUCGCGGCGUCCUGUGCACCUGCAGGUGCUGACACCUCGCCCAGCUGCCCCGCUGACGCAGCUGCGCCCCGGCUAGUCGUGCGGAGGUCUAGGUUGGGGCCCGCAAAAUGGCCGCCACAGCCACCGCAGCUGCAGGCCUGAACCCGGCCCCGGCCCCUGCCCAGACGGCCCAGGCUCCGGCCUCUGCCGCUGAGUCCACGGCCUCUUACGCCGGAGCUCUGCUCAACCUGAAGGCUGAGCCAGCGCCAGCCCGCCCCGAGACUGUGGACAAGCCCACCAAGGCUUCUCCAAAGGAGGCACCUGAAAAGCCUCAAUCAAAGAAUGCGCAACAGCAGCAACAGGCUGCUGAACCCGCAACAAAUUCAAACACAGAAGAUGGCAACUCGUCUGACAGUCCAUCAGAUGCUAGUGACAAAAAGAAGUUUGUUGAGGCUCCGCCUCCCAAAGUCAACCCUUGGAUGAAGAAUAAAAAUGCCGCUUCUGUUAUAACGGGCAAAGAAGUGCCAGUGGUUACACCUGCACCUGCUUCAGCCAGCACGUCUGAAGUAGCUGAAUCGAAACCCUCGACAACUGCAACUGUGACAGGACCUGCAGAGUCUACCGUACCAAAAGUUACGGCCCCAGUAUCAGCAGCAACACCUGCUUUACCAGUGGAACCUAUCAAGGAACAGCCCACUGCUGUUCCAGUAGCUAUAGCAAAAGAGGCCCCUGCAGUGAAAAGCACACAGCCACCUGCAACUGUCGAAAACGGAGUUCCCAAAGAGACAGCUCCAGUCCCAAUCAUCAUCAAAGCGUCUAAGGAUAGGAAACGAUUCAAUCAGAAGGCAAGCAACUUUAAUGAUAUCGAGGACUGGCCUACUCUAGGGACUGUGAAUGUAGAGCCAAAACCUGUUCCUGUUAGCAAUGGAUAUGGUAAAGAAAAUAAAUCCAGCUCUAAUCAAGUCAAAAAAUCUGAAGAGCCUUCUUUAAACAACAACAAAUCAAAACGGGACUUCAAGACUGACUCUUUCAAAGACAACUCAAAGAAAAUGGUUUCAUCAAAGGACGACCCUUCGGCCGACAAGAAAAAGAAAAUGGCAAAGCAAAAGUGGGUACCUCUCGAAAUAGAUAUCACUAAAACUCGAGGGAAGAGGGAUUGGUACCACUCUGAAAAGGGGGAGGAAGGCGAGUACUACGAGAACGGUGAGAAUGGCAACUGGCGCAGUGACGAGGACCGUGCGCGCGGCCCAGGGGGUGUGCACCGCUCCGGCCGUGGCGGAAACGCGCGCUUUGGCGGGCGUGGCGCGCGCGGCGGCUCGCGGGGCGCCGGCCGCGGCCGCGGCGGUAUGCACCGUGGGGGCGCCGACUUCUUCGCCCAGGCCAAGUUCAACGGGCUGGGCGACAUGCCGUUCGCCAUGCCGUACAUGGGCGCCUUCUACUUUGACAACACGUCGUUUGGCAACAUGGAUGGGCCCACACUGCAGGAAUACGUGAAGAAGCAAAUCGAGUACUACUUCAGCGAAGAAAAUCUCAUGAAAGACUUCUUCCUGAGGAGGAAAAUGGAUUCGGAAGGAUAUUUACCCGUGACUUUAAUAGCAUCUUUCCACAGGCUGCAGGCCUUAACUACAGACCUCUCCAUGAUUCUGACUGCUGUGCGCACCUCAGACAAAUUAGAGCUGUUCAAUGGUUUCAAGGUUCGGACCAAAGAAGACCCUCUAAGAUGGCCACUUCCAGAUGCCGUGGGAUCCAACUCAAUGACUCCCAUACCUUCAUCUCAUGCGGCUCCUGUUCAGCCUGGACCAGUCCAAGCCUCAUCUGGUGUAGCCCCCGUCUUACCCCUGCACAACCUACCACCUCCUCCUCUCCCUCGAAACUUUCGACCUCUUCCUCCAAAUGCCAUUCCACCACCAGAUCUUACCAGGACUGACGAAAAUCUGAACCCUGAGGUUCCAGCCUUUAUCCCAAAUUCUAGUGAUAAGCCCUCACAACAGAUUGAAAAAACGUCUAAGCCUCUUGGUAAGGGUGCCUCAGUGGGGAAAAAGGAAUCAGAUUCCAGCUCAGCUUCCAAGAAAGUAGCCCACACUGAGAGUGAUAAGAAAACUAUUACUGUUGAAGAGAGAGAGCUGAUUGAAAAGUGUCUAACACCUAACCGAAAUGCUAUUCCUAAAGUAACAGAGGUAGCUGAGCCUUUGCUUCAGCUUUUCCGUAGCACUGCUGCAAAAAUUGAUAACAAUGAAUUAUGGCAAGAGGUCAAACGAAAAGUCAAAUUUCCACCCAAGAAAGAUGAUGAAAUCCGUGUUAAAGACAAAGAGACCGAUAGUAAAAAGCCACAAGAAACCAAGCCAGAAGAUGAUCGAGAAGAGCUCGACUUCCAGUUUGAUGAAGAGCUAGAUAAUAUGUCACUGGGCACCCAUCGUACAAACAAAUUUUCAGAAUGGUCAGAGGAUGAAGAUGAUUAUGAAAUAUCUGAUCAUGAAAUCAAUAAACUCCUAAUUGUUACACAAGCCUCCUCUCAUCUACCUGCACGCUAUUCGAAACAUGAGGGAUAUGAUCGCACUGGGGAUUAUACAUCUCGUGUGAAAAUGUCACAAGAUUUAGAACAUGCAAUCAAUGACGGACUUGCUUACUAUGAAGAUGAACUGAAUGUUCAAGGUUGGAUACCUCCCAGUGGGUCCUAUAAGACUGUGAAUGUCAUUACUAAGGAAGCUUUUGAUAAAAUGGCUUCUGCAUCUAAGAACGCCGAUCCAGAAAUCCCACCACCACCUCCAUCAUCACUGGUUGUCUCAAAGCUGUCUGCUGAUGCUCCUGAAUUCCAAAUGUCUGCUCACCAAAAUCGCAAGGAUUCAAACAAAAAGAAUCACCAGAGGUUUUACGCUGUUGUCAAAGAAGACAAGGCUCCUAGCAAAGGCAAGAAAUACAAGACACGGUAUUCCAGUAAUCCACCUGUGGAACACCAUGUGGGGUGGAUCAUGGAUGUUAGGGAGCAUCGCCCUAGAACUGCUUCCAUGAGCAGUAGCACUGGAACUAGCCCAAGUGAGGGUCAUUUGUCAAGCAGUGUUGGCAGCAUUCCUUCAUCUUUGCCAUCAUUCCAACAUCCUUCACAUGCCCUGCUAAAGGAAAACAAUUUCACUCAACAGGCAUACCACAAGUAUCAUAGUAGAUGCUUGAAGGAUCGAGCAAAGCUUGGCAUUGGCCAGUCCCAAGAAAUGAAUACAUUGUUCCGUUUCUGGUCAUUUUUCCUUAGGGAAAAUUUCAACAGAAAAAUGUAUGAUGAAUUCAGAACUGUUGCUUUGGAAGACGCUAAUGAAGGAUUUAGGUAUGGAUUGGAAUGCCUCUUCCGGUUCUACAGCUAUGGUUUGGAGAAGCGCUUCAAACCGAAUUUAUAUCAAGACUUCCAAGAGGAGACAGUUAGGGACUAUGAAAGUGGUCAAUAUUACGGAUUAGAAAAGUUUUGGGCUUUCUUGAAAUACUACAAGCACAGCAAGAAGCUAGUAGUAGAGCCGAAACUGAAAGAAAUUGUCGCCAAGUUCAAAACUAUUGAUGACUUUAGAACUUUAGAGCCGGCAGAGGAGAAUGAGCGAAUCUUAAACUUGAAGUCGCGCGGCAUCGGCCGACGCAACCGCAGUGCUUCCGAGAGCUGCAGCUACGACGCUCCCUCCGCCAACAGCACCGCGCAGCACGUGCCCAAGCGAGUGCGCCGCCUCUCCGGCAGCCAGGUGCCGUUCUCGAACAUGAACCGCCGACGCACCAACUCGUUCGGCUCGGGCCGCAUCGUGAACCCCGGCGCCGCUGGCGCGCCCGCCGGCUCUGGCCCCGCGCGCCGGCGGAGGCUCAACUCGUACGACGACAGCCAGUCGAACGACGUCGAGAACAAGAACAACCCGGUAGUGAGCAAAGCGAGGGUAAACUUCAAGCUUGGUGAUGCCGACUCGAAACCAAAGGCGAGGAGUGCGAGUAAAAGCCCGUUGCGCCCGGCUCUAAAGUCGGCAAAUAAGGGUACGGUGAAGAAUUAAGAGUGCCAGCGUGAUUUUGUUACAAGAGUUUUCUGAGACGCCAGGGUUCUUUUCCUUUUAAAAAAAAAUAAUGAUUGUAAAUUUAAAACAUCUGUUGACGCUUAAACUGACAGUUAAGUUUAAUUUUAACUUGUUACUUCAUUUAUCUGUCUUGCUUAUUCUUUUCUUUACCCUUAUAAUUGAUUUCAUUAGAUGUCAUUGGUUGCUGAAGUAUGUCUACAUCUAUUACUACACUGGAGUCACUGGAGUUUAUUUUCUGUGAGUGGUUUUUGCUCUGUGUUUGUACAUCUAGUUGGCUGUGUAGCAGUUAUCAAGUAUGAUGUGUUCUUGACUUACAAGUUCAUUUCCAAGUUUACUGGAAAUUAAUCAAAAUUCCCACACUGCAUGCAAGUCAUGUUAAAUGCAGGUUGGGGUCUGAUCAGUUCAGUAUGAAUCUGUUCCUGUUAUGUUUUCCUUUUACCUUGUAAGAUUUUUUUUCUUUUUUUCAUUGAACAUGAUCUGUCAUACAACAGCUCAGGGACUUGUUUAAAAUCCAAGUAACUCUUGUAUUAUUUUUAUUUCAUUUUUAUUUCCUUGAUUACUUGUGACUUUUCAAAAGAGAAAUUUAAUUUGUCUUCUUCAGAAAUCUGAUAUAUUUUGUCUUAUCCAUUUGAGAAUUAAAGGCUGUGAGGGUCGAUUUGUGCCAAGAAAAUCUGAGUUUUGGAAAAAUUAUUUUCUUUACGUUAGAAUUUUGUACUGUAUUUUACUGUUUUAAAUUUAAUGACAACCGUAGUCAUCCAUACAUUUGUUAUAAAUCUUGAAAAUCAGCUUACUUACCAAUUUGAAGUAUUGAAUUGUAAAUAUACAGGAAUGUUAUAGUGACCCAAUCAAUAUGGCGUGGAUAUUAAGCAAUGUAGUCAUUUUUUGUUGUAUUUUCUUUUCCAAUAUUUCCUUCCUAAAACAAUUGUUUUCCACUUGAAUCUACAAUGUCCGUACUUAAUUGUCAAUGUCGCUGCUAAAUCCAACAUUGAAUCCACUGUUUUGUGCCACGUGUGUGUGUGUGUGUAUUUGUUUGUGGAAUUUUAAUGUGGUCUACUAUUGAAAUUGGGUCAUAUCUUUAACGUAUGGUUAAUUAUUCCUAGUCCAGUGUACAUAUUGUAAAAAUGUGUACUGUGCUCGAGGAAGGAGUAGGAUGAGAUCUUAGUCAUAAAUCAGUACGAAAUUAGACUGUACAGAAGAAAGAUUCUUCUGCAAUUGGUAUUCAAAACGUCUCUGCUAUCAGUGAGGACAUUUUAGUCGCAGUAGAUAAUGUAAACUACAGUAUCUUCUCAUGAGCUGACUAUCAUUUAAGCUGCUUUGUUUGCCUCUACUUGCUUUUGUAAAGAAAGCAAAGAAUGGGGUUUGUGGUAAGGUUGGAAUUUCUUUGUAUUUCCAUCAAAUUGUUCUCUUGGUUUCGUGUGACCAAUUGUUGAAAAUGCUUUCUAUUUGUAGUAAUUUAAUUGACAAAAGAUAUCAUUUGUCAACAUGUCAGGUAUGUGUAAAUUUUAACUUUGUGACUUGACAUUUUAAGCUACCUUGUGUAUUCCUUCACUGUAAGAGCAUGAUGAUGAUAACCCAAGUAAUUUCAAAUGGUAUUUUUUUGUUAUUGCUCUUGAUGUGCUCUUGUUUCACAAAUGAAACUUUAAAAAUGUAAUUAGUUUUUUAUCAGAGACCUGCAUUGGGCGGACUCUUUGAAGUCUGUCAAGCUAAUGUAGUCGGUGUUGCGUGUUUCUCUUACCUUCUGCCACCUCUUCUGGAGCUUUCCGCCCAUUGCAGAUCUCUGUUUUGUAUUUAACUUAUGUAGAUCAAACUGUGUUAAACGGUAAGUUCGUUAAUUUAAAAAAUAAAAACAAAAAAAAACUAUAAUUUUGUAAUGAUGCAAUUAUUGCUUGCUGCAGGGAACAUUUUGUUUUAUCAGCAUCCGAUUUGUGGAUGUUGGCAGCAAUUUUUCUGAUGUCUCUUAUAGCCACGGCUCAGCAAAUUUUGUACUGAUAAGUUAUGGAGAUAAAUCUUCUAAAUAAUUGUGCAAAGUUUGCUCAUCUGUGGCCCUGUUAAUGUUUUUAGUUAGAUUAGUGUGUUGGUGGUUAGGAAGACAUCGGUGGUGUAUCUCUAUAGACAGAUGCAAAGAGUUCUAUUACGCUUGUGUGGACUUGUCGUACAUGCUGUGAGGGUUGUCAUUAGUACAGCAAGUACUUCUGUUGUCAAUUUCUUCACUUUACUCUCGGUGUUCAUAUUGCUCAGAAAAUAUUGUGUAAUUUGUAACUAUACUUUAAGUCUAAAUUUUAUUGAUCAGCACAAUGACAUGUUUUUUUGUUCUCUGGGAGAAUUGUUAUGUUUAAGUGAGGACUGCCCACAGUCUACCUUUUGUAUCACUGCUACCUAUUUCUAUCAGUUAUGAACUUUACUUUUAUGGGUUGACUGUGUA